GUCGACACAAGUUUCAACUCCGUCGUCUAAAAGUGGAGCCAGACAAUGAGGACUAAACGAAGCCAGCGUAAACCAAUCAUAUUUGGCAACUGUAAAGAAGUUUUGCAGACGGUUGUAAUGAUUUAUUUUGCUGCAAACCUCGUUUUCGGAGAAGAAGAAGAGUCUGAAUUUUGUAAAAGAGGAUGGUCUGAAUUUGUUCAAGACAGAAAGCAAUGGGAAAGAGAAUGCUUAAAUGACAUUGAUAUCAAAAUAUCACAGUGUUGUAACGAGACAUAUCACAAUCUUGAUGAUAGAUUUAAUGACUACAUAAAGUUGUGUCCCAUUGUGGAGGGAAAAUGCACAUGUCAUUUUAAAGAGCAAGGAAUAGACCGUUUUACUUACAGUAGCUUGUCAGAUCCAGUAUCUUGGACGAAGCCAAAUAUUUCAUGUUGGCACAAGUUUCAACUCCGUCGUCUAAAAGUGGAGCCAGACGUAAGAUCACCGCACAGUUUUCCUGUCGGUUUUAAUAAAAUCAAGAAUAUAUUUCAACUGUAUGGAGGGCGGGAGAAAUCCUGUGUUAUUAUUGUUUAUGUUCGCUCCUGUAAGGGCAAAGGCGAAGGCAAGUAUUAUGCCUAUAAAGAAUUUUCAACUCUUUCCUACUAA